GCGUGUGGCGCGGUGGUGGUUCCCACGUGCGUGGCGUCGUCCUGAGCUCAGCGCCGGAGGGAUGUUGUUAGGUGGAAGAGCCUUUGGCAGAGCUGGUAAUGAAUUGGGCAUGUGAUUUCCAGCGAGUGUGGUUAUUGGAAGCACACACUUGUUUUCUGACUUUAAGAAUUCGAUAUCCAGACUGAGGUGGUUUUGAGAUUGGAAGGAGAUAAAGCUGAAAACCGGAGUUGUGCUGGGAAACCUGGACGUAGAGCGCUGGGCCCGCCAGGUAUUUAGUGACCAGCACAGCGCGCCGCCCUGGGUUUCAGGCCCUGGAGAUGAUGAGAAUCAGCUGGAGGGCUGCUUCCAGCCGGCUGCUAACUCGCCAGGGCUGAGAGCCGCUCCCCACCCCGUAAUUUCUGUUACCAGCCAGUCCAGAUGCUGCCUGUCAGGGAACAGGCUUUGAGAACUGCUUUUCCUGCUGGAGAUGAGAGUUCACCUCGUCCCUGUUUUUUGUUGUUUUUUUUUUUUAUCACUAUUUCACACUAUUGUUUGUAAGGUGUCAAGCGGCCAUCUGGGUGCAAAGGCGUCAAUUGUAAUUCGCAGCCUAGUUGGAGAAGCUAUGGAGUGCAGGAAUGUGCAGAGGGAGAAAGCAGGUUACCAUGUAGUAGAGUGACCGUGGCCACGUCGGGGAAACGGCUUUCAGAGAAGGGGGCAAGGGAUGGCCUGCGAGCUGGUCCUUAAGUGGUUCACUGGAUUCUUGUGAUUUCAGAGGAGGGCGAGGCUUUGUUUAGCAGAGACUGUGCUGUGGUAUAGGGUAAGUCACGGAAUUGAUUGUGAUAGGAAGCAAGUAGUGUUUGCUGGCGUCUCAGGCAGGUGCUUUCAGACUGAUCUCUAGAUCCGCAGUCCCCAAUCUUUUUGGCACCAGGGACCGAUUUCGUGGAAGACAACUUUCCCACUGACUGGUAGGGGAUGGUUUCAGGAUGAAAUGGUUCCACCUCAGAUUAUCAGGCAUUAGAUUCUCAUCAGGAGCAUGCAAGCCAGAUCCCUGGCACGGCCACUUCACAGUAGGGUUCACGCUCCUAGGAGAGUCUGAUGCCUCCACUGAUCUGACAGGAGGGGCGCUCAGGCUGUCACGUUUGCUGCCACUGCUCACCUCCUGCUGUGUGGCCUGGUUCCCGUACGGGUCCAUGGCCGGCGGGCUAGGGACGCUACCUGUGGAUUAUCGGCAAGAGACUUUCAUGCACCAUGUGUCCAGUGUGUAAAUUGAGUAUGCAUACGUAACCAUUGUCAUGAUGCACACAUUGUAAAAUAAAUAUAAAGCAGUUUAACAUGAGGUUUAAAGUUAGUUGUAAUAUGCUGGCACCUCAGCGGAUUAUCUUGUGUAAACUCCUUUGGAAAUUGCUGAUUUAGAGUAGGGGGUCUUAUACGAUGAAUGUUUGCUUUAAUCCUGUAAAAUACAAUAGGAAGUCAGAGGUUUUUAAAAUUGAAAAAUGGCAUUAGAUUUGUCUUUCUGUGAAGAUCAUGAAGCCAAGAAUUUUAGAAGCUGUUAAAAUUCAAAGGAUGAAAAAGAUAACGUGACUUAAGGCAGAGUGAUGGUAAAUGAUGUCAUCGCCUGCCCCAUGUAGGACCUUUGAUGGUUUCUCAUGUGUUGAGUAUCCAAGCUGUCUGCAGGACCCUGAGCAGUCCGCGCCCUGUCCACAUGAAUUCCUCCGCUCCCCUUGUUCCUUCCCUUUCCAGUCCCACUGGGCGUCUUUUGGUUCUGCAUCCAAUUCAAGCACUUACGUGUGGGUUGUUACCGCUUGUGUGGAAGACUGGUACCACCCUGCCUUCCGAUUCCUGAUUCUCCAUUUCAGCUUAAGUCUUGUUAGAGGCAGGCCUCUUUAGGGUUUACAUCAGUUCCUACUUUCUUUUUGGUAAGAACGUUCUGCUUAUUUCCUUCAUCACACUUUUUAACACGUGGAGUUACGAUUUUACCUGCCCUUUCCAUUAGGGCUAAUGUUUGUUGACUGCUCACCGGAGGUCAGUGUGAGUUCUCAUUUGAUCCUCACCAUUGACUUGUGCAGUGGGUUAUUCCAACCAUUCGACAAAGAGUCACAGGCUAUGUCGUUUUCUCAUGUUGUCCAAAAUGUGAAGGAGUUGGCCUCAGGCAGUUGAGCUCCGAGACCUCUACGCUUAAUAGCCUGAUGACACUGUGUACCACCGCGGCAAGGGUGAGAGGCUGUCAUAGCUGAGCCCAAAGCUGAUCCCAGCUCACAGGAAGCACUUAGUGCCACCAUGAUGUUGAAGAAAUGAGGAGAAUGGUCCUGGCAGAUGUAGGAGAAAUAAAGUAGUUUUGAAAUCAAUGACUCCAUUCUUUUUAUGUAGAUACAACGUAGGUGAUGAUGCCACUCCCCAAGAAUGAGAUUAUGGGGACAUGAGGUAGAAGAGAUACUAGUUUGGGUAUGUUUAGCGUAAGCCACACAUGGAACUCUGGGAAGAUCCCAGAGAACUCAUUAUGUAUGCAGAAGGAUUGUCUAAGGGGCCUGGCGGGACACUUGCCACAAGUGCCCUGUUUCUCUGUGUGUGUGUGUGUAUGUGUGUAUGUGUGUGUAUGUGUAUCUCCAAAUGGGAAAGAACCAGCCACCAGCAUGUUAAUUCUUUCAGCACUUUCUCCUCCUAAGUCUGUUUAUAAUAAAUAAUCCAAAUGAAAAACUAAGUCUUCUAUUAAAAUACGUUUUCCCCUUUGGCCCUACAGCAGUGCCCAGUGCAAGGUAGGCAACUGAGUUUGCUGAAUGUAGGAAUGUUACAUUAAAAAACUGUCAUUACAGAUUAGAAGGAUACAUACUAAUUGCCUGGCGAGCUUACUUUUGAAUCUGAAAGAAGUUUAAAGUAACAUUGUAGAAAUGGUCAAAUGCAGUUGCCUCCGUUGACUAUUGUCUUCAAGAUUGUUUCCUCUCCAGAAAUAGAAAACAAUGACUGGGCGAGCCAGAGCCAGAGCCAGAGGAAGGGCCCGCGGUCAGGAGACAGUGCCGCUGGUGGGCUCCACUGCUAGUCAGCAACCUGGUUAUAUUCAGCCUAGGUCUCAGCAGCCACCAGCAGAGGGGGAGUUAUUUGGCCGUGGACGGCAGAGAGGAACAGUAGGAGGAACAGCCAAGUCACAAGAACUCCAAAUAUCUGCUGGAUUUCAGGAGUUAUCAUUAGCAGAGAGAGGAGGUCGUCGUAGAGAUUUUCAUGAUCUUGGUGUGAAUACAAGGCAGAACCUAGACCAUGUUAAAGAAUCAAAAACAGGUUCUUCAGGCAUCAUAGUGAGGUUAAGCACUAACCAUUUCCGACUGACAUCCCGUCCCCAGUGGGCCUUAUAUCAGUAUCAUAUUGACUAUAACCCACUGAUGGAAGCCAGACGACUCCGUUCAGCUCUUCUUUUUCAACAUGAGGAUCUCAUUGGAAAGUGUCAUGCUUUUGAUGGAACAAUAUUAUUUUUACCUAAAAGACUACAGCAAAAGGUUACUGAAGUUUUCAGUAAGACCCGGAACGGAGAGGAUGUGAGGAUAACGAUCACUUUAACAAAUGAACUUCCACCUACAUCGCCAACUUGUUUGCAGUUCUAUAAUAUUAUUUUCAGGAGGCUUUUGAAAAUCAUGAAUUUGCAACAAAUUGGACGAAAUUAUUAUAACCCAAAUGACCCAAUUGAUAUUCCAAGUCACAGGUUGGUGAUUUGGCCUGGCUUCACUACUUCCAUCCUUCAGUAUGAAAACAGCAUUAUGCUCUGCACUGACGUUAGCCAUAAAGUGCUUCGAAGUGAGACUGUUUUGGAUUUCAUGUUCAACUUUUAUCAUCAGACAGAAGAACAUAAAUUUCAAGAACAAGUUUCCAAAGAACUAAUAGGUUUAGUUGUUCUUACCAAGUAUAACAAUAAAACGUACAGAGUGGAUGAUAUUGACUGGGACCAGAAUCCCAAGAGCACCUUUAAGAAAGCCGACGGCUCUGAAGUCAGCUUCCUAGAAUACUACAGGAAGCAAUACAACCAGGAGAUCACCGACUUGAAGCAGCCCGUCUUGGUCAGCCAGCCCAAGAGAAGGCGGGGCCCCGGGGGGACACUGCCAGGGCCUGCCAUGCUCAUUCCUGAGCUCUGCUAUCUUACAGGCCUCACUGAUAAAAUGCGUAAUGAUUUUAACGUGAUGAAAGACUUAGCCGUUCAUACAAGACUAACUCCUGAGCAAAGGCAGCGUGAAGUGGGAAGACUCAUUGAUUACAUCCAUAAAAACGAUAAUGUUCAAAGGGAGCUUCGAGACUGGGGUUUGAGCUUUGAUUCCAACUUAUUGUCCUUCUCAGGAAGAAUUUUGCAAACAGAAAAGAUUCACCAAGGUGGAAAAACAUUUGAUUACAAUCCACAAUUUGCAGAUUGGUCAAAAGAAACAAGAGGUGCACCAUUAAUUAGUGUUAAGCCACUAGAUAACUGGCUGUUGAUCUAUACGCGAAGAAAUUAUGAAGCAGCCAAUUCAUUGAUACAGAAUCUGUUUAAAGUUACACCAGCCAUGGGCAUGCAAAUGAAAAAAGCAAUAAUGAUUGAAGUGGAUGAUAGAACUGAGGCCUACUUAAGAGUCUUACAGCAAAAGGUCACAACAGACACCCAGAUAGUUGUCUGUCUGUUGUCAAGUAAUCGGAAGGACAAAUAUGAUGCUAUUAAAAAAUACCUGUGUACAGAUUGCCCUACCCCAAGUCAGUGUGUGGUGGCCCGAACCUUAGGCAAACAGCAAACUGUCAUGGCCAUUGCUACAAAGAUUGCCCUGCAGAUGAAUUGCAAGAUGGGAGGAGAGCUUUGGAGGGUGGACAUCCCCCUGAAGCUAGCGAUGAUCGUUGGCAUUGAUUGUUACCAUGACACCACAGCUGGACGGAGGUCAAUCGCAGGGUUUGUUGCCAGCAUCAAUGAAGGGAUGACGCGCUGGUUCUCACGCUGCAUAUUUCAGGAUAGAGGACAGGAGCUGGUAGAUGGGCUCAAAGUCUGCCUGCAAGCGGCUCUGAGGGCUUGGAAUAGCUGCAAUGAGUACAUGCCCAGCCGGAUCAUCGUGUACCGUGAUGGCGUAGGAGACGGCCAGCUCAAAACACUGGUGAACUACGAAGUGCCACAGUUUCUGGAUUGUCUAAAAUCCAUUGGUAGAGGUUACAACACUUUGUAUCAUUAUAGAAAGGAGGGAUUCAGAAAGCCACUGGCCACAUCGGGGGCUUGAUUUUACCUGGUACGUAGGAAAAGGACAAGCACCAAGAGCUCAUUCCUGGUUUCUACUAAGGGCCUUCUGAGUCAUCUUUGGCCAAUGCUAAAAGGCCCCACACAAUGAGUGUUUAUCCCAGACGCUUCUUAAAAUGAGAUGUGAUGCCAUGAAGGUCUCAGAGAAAGUCAGGAGUGUUUUUAUCUUUUUUGAAAUAGUUGUGUUUCAUAUUAAAAGACUACGCAUUUUUAAAAUAUUUUUAAAAUGAAAGUUAAUGUUCUUUCCUAUUCCCUUAAGACUCUUAAUGCUUGUAUUUUGUCAAAUAAUGAUACUUUUUGUUUUCAGGCUUUCUAAGCCUUAUUUUAUACUGUUCUCUGACUUGACCUUUCUGUCUGUGUGGGGAGGUAUGGUGUGGUGUGUGUCACAGGGAGUAAAGAAGGAUCUAACUUGGACUGCUUCUUUCCUACUCUUUUUUUCCUGUGAUUUACUACUUGAACACACAGUGUUUUCUAGUCUUCAUUGUCAUUUCCUCAUACCCGAAGUGAAGAUUGUCAAGAAAUGAUGAAUAGAAGUCAUUGUGCAAGUUCGUCACAUUCCCUUGAGCUGAAUUGUUGGGCUACUAGGAGUACAUACUCUUGGCCUUGCUGGGUCAUCUCUGUUUCUUAGGGUCCUUUGGGUUUGAUUCCCAGAAGGACUGGCGGAAACGGCUCUUGAAGAGGAGGUUGCCACCCUAGUGAAUGAGUACCUGUGAACAGUCGUCCCGAGUGUGCAGAGUAGAGCCUGGUGCAGCUGCUGGGUGCACCUGCCCAGCUCCGUCAGCAGGUGGGAACACAGUGUUGCAGGGAAGAAGAACCUGAGCCGACUGCUUGGGCUGACUCUUAGCACACUGUUGCAUGAAGUAGAUGGCACACUGUGAACUGUGCUGGUAAUUGGUGGCAGUAGAGAUCAGUGGUAAAGAGCAAUAUGUCUUAAAAUCAGAGUUCGGUUAAUCCCAGCUUUGCUUUCAUUUGUAGAAGAGGGGAACAGUUAAGUGAGGCAUUGAAAGGAGUAAAUGAAAAUAUACGUAAUGCACUUCACACAGUAUCCAGUAAGUAUUCAAUACAUGGCAGACAGUUCUCUUCGGAAAAGCCUUCAAGUUGUAUGUAAAGGUAGAAUAUCUGAGAAUUAUUCUUCACUUUUAAAAAAUGCAAAGUUUGGACUUAAAUGUUUGUAUAAUAGUUAUCAUUGGCUGGGCGUGGUGGCUCACGCCUGUAAUCCCAGCACUUUGGGAGGCCGAGGCGGG